AUGUUUCUUCUUUCCGUGUCUCAUCAGAUAAUAAAUACAACUGAUCAGGGCCGAGGAAAACGUUGUAAUUUCUCACUCCCUCUCUCUCUCCCUCUCCCCAGAAUCUCUCUCUUCCUCUCCUCCUCUAUCUCUCUCGCUCCCUCUCUCUAUCUCCUCCUCUUCUUCCCCCUCUCUCUCCCUUCUCUCUCUGCCCCUCUCCUCCCUCCCUCCCUCCCCACUCUCCCCCUCUCUCUCACUCACUCUCCCCACUGUCUCUCUCUCCCCACUGUCUCUCUCCCUCCCUCUCUCUAUCUCCCUCUCUCCCCAUCUCUCCCUCUCACUCCCUCUCUCCCCCCAUCUCAUCUCCCCUCCCUCUCUAUCUCCCUCUCUCCCUCUCUCCUUCUCUCUCCCCUCCCCCCAUCUCUCUCCCGCUCCCCUCUAUCUCUCUCUAUCUCCCUCUCUCUCCCCUCUCACUCCUUCUCUAUCCCUCCCCCCCCAUCUAUCUCCCUCUCCCCUCUAUCUCUCUCUAUCUCCCUCUCUCUCCCCUCUCUCCCUCUCACUCCCUCUCUCUCCCUCCCCCUCUAUCUCUCAUUCUCCCUCUCUCCCCCCUCUCUCUCUCUCUGUAAUUUCUAG